CAAACUUACUCAUUUCCCCUAUCAUGACCGUAUCAUCUCCCUUGUUCACCUUCUUCUUCCUCCUCUUCUUCUUGUUCUUCUCUUCUACAACUUCUUCAUAUAACAUAUUAGACUUUGGAGCAAAAGAAGGAGGAAAAGAAGACUGUGUGGAAGCCAUUACUGAAGCUUGGAGAAUGGCCUGCAACUCAUCUUCUCCAUCAAACAUUUAUGUUCCUCAUGGAUUAUUCCUUAUAAGCAAAGUAAAACUCUAUGGUCCUUGCAGAAACAAGAAGAUGAAGUUCAAGAUUAAUGGAACCCUAAUGGCUCCUUUGGGUUACACUGAGUCAAGCGAGUGGAUCGCUUUUGAUUCUGUUGAGGGAAUUUUGAUCAGUGGAGGAGUUCUUGAUGGAAGAGGCUCGAGUUUGUGGGAUUGUAAGCUGACUUCUGCUAAGCAAUGUCCUCGCGGCGCGACGUCGUUGACGUUCACAAAUUCUAGAAACAUCCGGAUCAAACGACUCACAUCCAUCGACAGCGAGCUGUUUCACAUCGUCAUAAUUCGUUGCUGUAAUAUGAACUUAUAUGGGCUUAACCUAAUUGCGCCCAAAUGGAGCCCAAAUACAGACGGAAUUCACGUGCAAAUGUCCACGAAAGUUAGAAUUAAGAAAACCAGAAUCGAAACAGGUGAUGAUUGCAUUUCAGUUGGGCCAAAAACUUCGUCUCUUUGGGUUGAAAGUGUAGUUUGUGGGCCCGGCCACGGAAUCAGUAUUGGGAGUUUGGGAAAAGCUGAAGGUUUGAAAGAGGAAGGAGUGCAGAAUGUGACAGUACAGAAAAUUGUAUUUUGGGGAUCUGAUAAUGGAUUAAGAAUAAAGACAUGGGGAUCAAAUAUUCGAGGCUACGUUAAAGGAGUUAUUUUCAAGCAUGUGGUGAUGAAUAAUGUAAGGAAUCCCAUAAUCAUUGAUCAAAAUUAUUGCCCCCAUAAUCAAAAUUGUCCCCGAAAGGAUUCCAGAAUACAAAUAAGUGAUGUGAAAUACAGAAAUAUAAAGGGAACAUCGGCAUCUCCUAUAGCCAUAAACUUUGACUGCAGCCCUACUAAUCCUUGUAAGGAGCUCGGAAUGAGCAAUAUAAAGCUCACAUACAAAAAUCAACCUGCAAAGUCACUUUGCAGGCACGCUUCUGGAAAUUGUACAGGACUCAUGAUCCCACCAAGUUGUUUGUGAUGGUUUUUGUGAGGAGGAUUUCAUAAAUAUUAUAUGAGUAUGUCUAUUAACAUAUUGUACAGUUUACA